UUGUUGUUGACUGUCUGGAUGUGUGAGUGGAGUCAAGUUAUAAUGACUAUCCCAACAGCCGCAGCAAUGAUACAAGCAAUUUAUCCAAAUCCGUUUUUGAAAUAAGGACUGUCAGGUCGUCUGAAAAGAAAUGUAGAGGUUAUGUGAUCCUGACAACAUGUUAAGAGAGUGACCUGUGGGAAAUGAGUAACCUUACAGCGAUUAACCUCGGCGACAAAGGCUAGCCAGCUGUUCGUCUGGUAACAGGCAGUGUAGACUAUUUCUUGAGCAUCCAGGUUUCACGUCUUCUUUUGCAGGAAUUUCUGGUGCUUGACUGCGCGUCAAUGCCGUAUCAUAUGCAGGCGAGCACCUUCAGGUGGAUACCUGCACAUUUAAAUUGCCGCUAGAAUGAAGCCGUGUACCUGGCUAACAGCGAAGGCGGUGUAACUUUACUUCUGGCAAGUGGGUAGUCUAGUCUAGUAGCUUAGUUAGACUAGCUAAUGCUGACUGUGUGUCAGUUAACGAUGGCUACUGCUGACUACUGUCUGUUUGGCACAGUUGCUUGCAUUGUAAGUUAACGUUGGCUAACUCUGAUUUAAUUUCCUUGCUACCGAUAUAUCGUUCGCAACUUUCUGUUGGUUGCUUAGCUGCUAACUAGCUAGCUAGCUAUGUCUUUCGGGUCGGACACAUUUCCAAACCUAAAGUUUCUCGAAAUUAACACUAACGUUAGGUAGCUGACUAGCUACUCAACUACAGUAGCCAGGUGCAGAUUAAUAUUGGCUCCGAUAAUGGCAGACGAGCUAGCCAGCCGGAUUCGUGGAAGUUUAGCUAAUACUGGCUCGUAUUAACAGUUAGCAUAUUAGCUAUUGUUGUCAAGCUGGUUUGCUGUUACAGUCUAAUAACGUUAUCCGACUGGUCAUGGGCGAUUAAAUGGUUGGCUAGCAAGUUAGUUUGGUGACUAUUCAUAAACCAACCUUACACCUGGAGAACAGCUGGUAAGCAUUGGGGGCGAGGACAGUUAGAGAUGGAUCAACUUAAAGUUAAAGACCGAAUCCUGGAAAAUCUUUCGUUGUCGGUGAAGAAGUUGCAGAGUUACUUUGCCGCCUGUGAAGAUGAGACUCCAGCUAUCAGGAACCAUGACCGUGUCUUACAGCGUCUAUGUGAGCACUUGGACCACGCCCUCCUCUACGGACUGCAGAACAUCUCUUCGGGCUACUGGGUCCUGGUUCUGCAUUUCACACGCAGAGAAGCAAUCCGGCAGAUAGAGGGACUCCAGCAAAUUGCCACCAACCUUGGACGCAGCCGAGCAUGGCUGUACUUGGCGCUGAGCGAGAGCUCUCUGGAGAGCUACCUCCGUCUCUUUCAGGAAAACCAGGCCCUGCUGCAGAAGUACUAUUAUGAAAACGCCUUGGUCUGCAGCCACGAUCAUCUCACACUGUUCCUCACUCUGGUGUCAGGACUGGAGUUCAUUCGAUUUGACUUGGAGUUGGAUGCCCCCUAUUUGGAUGUGACACCCUACAUGCCGGAGUACUACAAGCCCCAGAACCUGUUGGACUUUGAAGAGCGACUGCCCGGUGUGGACAGCCUGUCGCUGCACUCUUUCACCUCCACCAAUCUGGAGUGGGACGACAGUGCCAUCGCCCCCUCCAGUGAGGAUUAUGAUUUUGGUGACCUUUUCCCCGUUUUGCAGUCACUGCCCAGUGCUGACUGGGAAGAGGGUGACCUCACUGACCCCGUCCCCUGCCCUUGCUCCAUCGCCCCAGAAUCCCCGCCGGUCAUCGCCACGGUGAUGGGGACGGGAGCAGCGGGGGCCUUCACAAAAGACUCGGGCGCAUGCACGUACGCUGACGUCACUCCCACCCAGAGGACCAGCUGGCCAGACUGCUCAAAUGGGGACGACACUGAAAGCACAGAGCUGGAGGUCAUCCGGGUGGCCCGUCGGAGGAAGCCGGGGAAGAGGCGGCGAGGGAAGGGGGUGUCGGAGUGUGUAGAGAGGGCACAUGAGGAGGCUCCAGGGGGCUGCUGCACUGGGGAGGGGCCCGUGUCCUCUGGAGGGCCCCGUGAGGAAGGGACGGGCCCGGUGACGGCCCGGGACGAGGAGGCGGAGGAGGACGUGGAGGGGUUGCUCCGCCUCCCGGAGAUGACUGACACCUCGUCCAUGGAGGGCGUAGGAGAGCUCCUGAGCGAGGUGGUGAACAGCCUGGACAGGGACGGGCGUGGCUGGGAGGGGGAGGCCGGAGGGGGCCGCGGGACGAAGGGAGGCUCCAGUGCUGGGGCAGGGCCGGGCCCCCUGUGCCCACAGCAGCAGCCCUUUCGGGGGGACCCUGAGGCUGAGCCCCCUGCCACGCCCUCCCCCCUGUCCCGCCCCACGGCUCAGGACCCCACCUUCCUGCAGGUCCCCCCAGCUCCUGCAGAUUUCUACCGUUUCACCCCCCACAGUCCCGGCUCUGCUGUCCCGUGCGACGAACACGAUGACCCCGCAGAGCCUGGCCAGUCAGAGGCCCUGCCGGGUUGCCAUGACGAUGAGGGAGAGAAGCCAGUGGCACCAGACUCCGCCCCCGCCCUAGUGGAGGAGGGAGAGGAGGCGUGUCCUGAGCGGGAGGAGAACGGGCAUCGCACAGACGAAGAGAGCCAGGAAGUGAAGGAGGAGGAGCCGACCGGCCCGGCAGACAGCAGCCAUCCUGCUGAAAUCCAGGUGGACAACAACCACCUGCUGCUGCUCAUGCUGCAUGUGUUCAGGGAGAGCGAGGAGCAGCUCUACAAGGUGGUGAGCAUGAGCACAGGCCACAUGGAGGGCAACCUGCAGGCGCUCUACGUGCUGCUGACGGACUGCUGCGUUUACAUGCUACGCAGAGGGUCUGUGGAGAAGCCCUACACCGUGGAGGACAGCCUGAGCUACAGCGAGCUCGACUCCAUCUCCGUGGGUCUGGACCAGCAGACGGUCCGGCUGGUGUGUGCCGACAGGAGCAGGCAGUUCCUGCUGGACACUGCGGACGUGUCGCUGACCGUCUGGUUUCUGGAUGCUUUGAAUUCGGCCAUGGCUGGAGGACGUGGGGAGCCCCCCCGCCCGCCCGUCCUGACAGACGCGACCAUGGAGAGGCUCGCCCUCACCAAGUUUGUGUGCCAGGAGGCGCACUGCCAGGUGUCUGAGGUGUGCAUACAGCUGUAUUCUCUGGUUCACUGGGAGGACCCCAUGGAUGUGACUGUGGGCUCCCCUGUGAAUGGGCCCCUGGCCUCCAGCAGCACUAAGGAGGGGCCCCUGUUUUACCGUGCGGGGACCUCUUACCUGGGCAGGGGGCACUGGAAGAGGUGCUACCUUGUUCUCAGCAAUGGUAUACUGUAUCAGUACCCAGAGAGAACAGACGUGAAACCACUUCUGUCCAUUUCCUUGGGAGGGGAGCACUGCGGGGGCUGCCGGCGCUCCGGGUCCUCGGAGAGGCGGAACGCGUUCCAGGUGGUCCUGCCCAAGCGGCCGCCGCUGGAGCUGAGCGCCGACAGCGAGGGGGACGUGGCCGAGUGGAUGCAGCUGCUCUGCCAGGCGGCCUGCAGGGGGAUGAUCCCGCAGGGAGCUGGCCCCUCCCCAUGUAUCCCAUGCUGCCUCGUGCUGACGGACAGGCAGUUGCUGACGUGUCACCAGGACUGCCAGACCAGCUUCUUCCGCUCCCUGGGGACGGCCGAGCUGCGUGACAUCACCGCCGUGUGCCUGGAGACGGACGCAGCGUACUGCGUCAUUGAGUUCAGUGAGGAGCGCGCUCAGUUCCUGCCCCCCUGGGUUCUGUACUUCAGCGGCUGUGAGGAGAGAGAUCGGCUGCUCGGGGCUCUGCAGAAUGCAUGGAGGGACGUCUUUCAGCUGACUCUCCCGCAGAAGGGCGUGUCGGACCCCGCUGUACAGACGCGCUGCAGGGAGGCGCUGGCUCUGAUCAGGAGCGGCUGGCAGCGCGGGGACGGCCUGCACCCUGGCACAGCCCCCAGAGAGCCCUGGUGCUGAGGGACCCGGGGGGGGGGGGGCGGAGCCUUUAGGGACGUGGUCACGGAAACAUCUGCUAACAGCACCCGCCGUGCCAAUCCCCUUUGCAAAGCACCUUCCCUGGAUUACAUGCGGGACUCUGUAUUCCCGGGGGUAGAGAAGAUGGUGGCAAUGUAGCGUUUCAGUCACUCCAGAAGGGUUACAGAGUGAGACGGUUGGUUGUGUUAAAGCUGACCUGCUUAUCCCCAGGUCUUCCGUUUAAUAAUAAUGCUGCGUUAGACCUCGGGCCCUCAGCGCACUGUGGUCUCAGUGUGGAGACCUGGUGUCAGUGCUCCCCGGAGUCUCUAAAGUGCUCUGCGGAUGUCGCUGCAGAGAGGGGCCGAGGAGGGGAAUGACGGGCUCAGUCUGGGGACCGUGAGCACAAAAGCUGCUGGAUUUCGGACCUGCGGAAGGGCCGGGUUUUUACCUCACUUUAAUGUCAGGCGGUGCGGUCGAGCUGACCGUGCGGGACGAGGGAGAGGAGCGGGCUCAGGUCAGCGCGUUGGAGUCCUGAAGGAGAAGAGGGAGACCUGCACUAAACCCUGUAAAGGUCACUGUUCAUCUGGGAAAGACGGUGAACUAAAGCUCAGUAUUUAUUGCACAGUGUCAUUUUAUUAGUUUUUAUAUUUUCAUGGUUUGUGUUAGUCUGAACACUCUGGCCUUGAGUGGAUUGUGCGUGUGCGCAUGCACGCGCACUACUGCAUUAACAUUUCAGAAGUUUUUAUUUUAUUUCCUCUUUUAUUUUUCAAAAAAUAUAGGGAGCAAUGGUUACAGUUGCAUGCCGUUACCAUGAGGUAUUAAAGUGUGUGUGUGUGUGUGUGUGUGUGUGUGUGUGUGUGCGUGCGUGCGUUUGGCAUGUUGGAGGUUUUUUAUUCUUACUAAUUGACACUAGAUACAAUGGAGCAUUAUGAGUUUGAAUGCACACAGGAUGAAUGAAUAAGCUGUUGUGGUGUGAAAGUAAUUGGGCCUCAUUCACGAAACGUGUACAAUCACAUUUGAUCAUAAACUGUGUACUUGUGUUUCCAAGAAUAUUUUGCCAUUCAUAAUUUUUUUCUUAUCUGUAUUUGUUUGUGGCUGUUUCUUUACGCUAAUCACAUGAACAGGAUUGUGCAUAACAUUUACAAGCAGUCAGCAUUCAUCGUCUCAUACACCUGGGAUACGCACAAAAACAAAAGGUCUGCACAUGUCAUAAAUCCCAUAUUGGUUUUUUUUGUAGGAACAUUUUAAAGAAUAAAAGUAAGAAUAAUUUAAGAAAGGUUUGGUGAAUGAGGCCCAUUGUCUUUGGGAGGAGGAGGAAAUAAGAGUCGGGUGCUGCUUCUGUUAAUGGUGGAAGAGGUUCUGCACUGCGCGGAGUGUCCGUCCUGUUUGAGGCUCAGUACAGUGCUGUGGCUUUGCUCUCGCUGAUGGGCACUGGCUGAUGUUGGAAAGUUGGGCUGUGACGGUUUGAUUGACAGUUUACAUGGCUCCUCCCCUGAGUGAUCUCUGCCUCCACACUGCCUUCAACUCAGAUCAGCAACUGGAGAGUACUGGUAUUUACUACUGCAGAUCCAACUGGGAUAAAUCUGAAAAUUUAUGGGGAAAAAAAAACAUUAUUCGGCUUUCUUUGAAGAAAUGACUAUUUUUAGUGGGACAGAAAGGAUCUGGGGCAAAACUAAUGUAAAUACUUUGCAAUUAACAAAGUCACUGGAAAGUAGUUUUAAUACUCCACGCACAUCAUUUUCUAUCUUGAUGUUUCUUCCCUUUUAAAGUUAUAGCGCUCAGUUUGCAAACAACUGUCCCUUUUAUCACAUUGAGAAAUUGGUUUUUUAAAAGUUCCAGCCACAUAUGGGCAUACAUUCACACUCCAUUUGCCACUCACGUCAUUCUGAAUUCUUCCCCCCUUUCUCCAAAUUCCAAUGCAAUAUAAAAAUCCUUAGAGUGGCUUUAUUCAGAUGUGUGGGAACUGAGAGGCUGCUGAUAUCUGAGGUCACCAUUAUCACUGUUAUUUACCUGUGGCCUUCUCCUAUAAAACUUUAAAAUAUAAUCUUAAUCUGUACAUAUAUAAUCUUUUUUUUAGAACAAUAUUUAAAGGUGGUUAACAAAGAAAAAAUGCUGCAAAGAAGGGGAGAGUGCAUGUGAAGUUAAUGCAAGAGACUAGUUUAGGACAGAUAUUGCAUCCGAAGCAAAGCAAAAAUGUAGUAAUGGCUCUCAAAUAGCUGGUCCUGAAGUUGCUUCCUGUGUAGGUUCAGAGAAGUUGCUUCCUGUGUAGGUUUUGGGAAGUUGCUUCCUGUGUAGGUUCAGAGAAGUUGCUUCCUGUGUAGGUUCAGGGAAGAUGCUUCUUGUGUAGGUUCAGGGAAGUUGCUUCCUGUGUGGGUUCAGGGAAGUUGCUUCCUGUGUGGGUUCAGAGAAGUUGCUUCCUGUGUAAGUUCAGGGAAGUUGCUUCCUGUGUAGGUUCAGGGAAGUUGCUUCCUGUGUGGGUUGAGGAUGCCGUGCUCCGCUCAGUGCCUCUGUCACAAACCCUCCUCCAGCUUUCCUCCCAGUGCUUUGACUUGAGUAAACGGCACACCUGGCUAUUCUGCCGAAAAACAAGAGCCACCAUGAGCACACUCCUCUGGCGUCUUCGCCCACAUUUUUCUGCAGUAAAAGCAGGACAGUUUACACCUCUCUUUCCCUCUGGGGGUUCUGCCUUAUUCCAUAUUUAUUCUAUUUCUGUUCAUUUGGACACUUUGGUUUUUUUUUUUUCCUGCUGAAUUUCCCAUGUAAAAUUGGGAGUUUUUACAAGUUCAGAUAUGCAAGAGGCCCGAAACGUUUUAUGAAAAAUAAUGUUUGUGCAUUAUUGCAGUCAAAAUGAAUUGAUUCAAGAAAGCUGUUUGGCGUUCAGUUUUGGGAAUGCCACAGUUUUUAUUUUCUUCUUCCCAUUGAAGGAUUGCCCGAGUAUUCACAGGACAUUGCUGGUGAAUUACGUUUUUAUUUUUCAGAUGACUUGAAGAAGCCUAAUGAAAUGAAUGUGCAGUAUGGCAUUCAAAUACAAUCUCAGCCACACCUCAUAACCUGCAUGUUUUUAAUGAGCUUUUAUAUUGUAACAUAACAUGAAUAAUGUGUACAUAUGUUAACAUGGUACUGUAUGUAACACAGCAGAAAUAAAGGCAUAUGUAUUUACCUCUUAA